AUGGCAUCCAUAUCCGCAAACAAGACGCCAUACCGGCAAAUCCGCGCACUCUUCGAUAAUGAUACCAUCACAGUCUACCAAGCGUAUUCUUCCACAAUCGCAACCGCAGCCGUCGAAGCCCAAAAGCUCAAUACCUCUCCUUCCUUUAGCACAGCCCGUAUGACCUGGAUUAAGCCAAGCUGGGCCUGGGUUUUGUACCGCUCCGGCUACUCUUACAAAGACUCUCGCCAAUCCCAUAUCUUAGCUCUAAAGCUUAAACGUGAGGUGUUUAUCGGUCUCUUGCGCCGCGCCGUGCUUUCUCAUGGGAAAGGAAAAGAGGAGGAUAGUGGGCGAAAGGCGAAGAGCGAAGGUAGAGAGAAACCAGCCAACGUGAGGGUGCAGUGGGAUCCGGAAAGAACUAUCAGGUUGGAGAAACUAGAGUAUCGUAGUAUUCAGAUUGGGAUUCCGGGCGCAUUGGUAAAGGAGUUCAUGGAUGGGAUUGUCGGGAUUGAGGAUGUUACUGAGAGAGCGAGGGAGUUGAAGAGGGUGCUGGAUGAAGAAGGGGAAGAUGGUAUGAUAGGAAUCGAUGAGUUAAUAGCAAGGAGGCUGGUGUUGAAUGAAAGGGAGUUUGAUGUGGACGAGGAGUUGAGGGAAAUAUUAGCAAUGGAUGCAGGCAGGGAUUUCUAGUUGAUACCAGUAAAGUUUUUUGCAUCCAAGGGCUAAAAUGGGUGAAGAGCUUUGUAUGAACGGACGAAAUAGGGUAUCUAAGAAGAUGCUCUCUUGCAUGCACCAUCCCGACUAUGCAGUCGAAGCCAUUUAGAUGAUUAGAGUACCAAAAUCCGCAGCAGAUGGGUUAGAAAAUGAAGAGAAAUGGCUAAAAUA